UAAUUGUCUCUGGGCAGGCGCGCGUGGGCCCCAGUCGCAAGAUGGCGGCCACCCGCUACCGGCGGUUUCUGAAGCUCUGCGAGGAGUGGCUGGUGGAGGAGACCAAGCGGGGCCGGGACCUGGGCGCCUUCCUGCGGCAGCGGGUGGCCCAGGCCUUCCGGGAGGGGGAGAGCACCCAGAUUGCUGACCCUGCAAACUGUGACCAAAUGUAUGAGAGUUUAGUCAGAAUCCACACCAAUUUCUAUAAAAACAAGUAUCCACGCCUAAAAGAUACGAGCUUCACUGGAGUGACAGUGGAAGAAUGCAAGCUGAUCCUAGCAACAGAUAGCGGGAAAGAGAUGGAGGAAAUGAAAAAAGGUAAAUGGAAAAAACUGCGAGAGAAGUUCUCUAUCAAGAAUACUGAAGAGGACUCAAAGUUAUAACCUCUCUCCCCAGCUGCCCACUGUACAUAUUCCUAAAGCACUGUAUAUUGCCAUGAUGAAUAAAGCCAUUCAUUCCUCUUA